AAAAUAAUCGUAUGCUUAUGUUGCUAGGUCUGUAGUUGUUUUUUAUUUAUUGUCAUUUUUUAAUAAUAAAUUACCCUCCUCUUUUGCUUACUUUCACUUAUUUUAAUGCCUGCCUACGUGUCUCUAUUCCACCUUAUCCACGUCACAGUAAAUACCAGGCAGAUCAUUAUUUUAUUUGUGCAUUUAUACAAUUUGAAACUAAUCAAUUAAUCAUGUCAAAGUGUAUAUGGAAGACACAAAAGCGUGGGCAAACUUUGAAGAUAAUAUAUUUUCUAUCAAGGUUUGGUAGUUAUACCACCCAAACUGCCGCCUACCCCGCCACUUGGACCGUUCGUACGCGGCCUACGUGGCCAGAGUGGAGGUCGACCGCAGCGCGCCCACUCCGGAGCUGACCGGCAAGGACCGCUACCGCUUCGCCGCCAAGUAAGACUGUCUCUCUCCCUCGUGCUAGCUGUCUCUCUCUCUAACAGCCACCUCGCUCGUACGCCUACGUGGCCAGAGUGGAGGUCGAUCGCAGCGCGCCAACUCCGGAGCUGACCGACAAGGACCGCUACCGCUUCGCCGCCAAGUAAGACUGUCUCUCUCCCUCGUGCUAGCUGUAUUUCUCUAACACCCACCUCGCGUACGCCUACGUGGCCCGAGUGGAGAUCGACCGCAGUGCGCCCACUCUGGAGCUGACCGGCAAGGACCGCUACCGCUUCGCCGCCAAGCCAAAGAAGGUUCUAGACAUGGCCAGCGUGACUCCGCAGUUCCAGCCUCCCACGCCACUGGUGGUCCCUGGGGAUGGCCGACCUAAGAACAAAGGGACCCAGAGCAAAUACAGGGAGUCAUCAGCGCAGACAGUCCCAUGGCAGCCGGACGGCAAGCAAGCGGAGGAUUGCGAGAAUACACCUGAAGUGCUUUAUCUAGACAAGCUGGAGUGGGGUCCGGGGAAACCAUUCCGACUCGGAGACUUACCAGCUGAUUUUCACACAACGGAAAUUAUAAACAAAAUGCGUCACGCUCGAACAUGGACUUCAGUAGUAGAGAGCGCGCAGUUCCCGCGCUGGAUGAAACGGCGCGACGACAUAAUCAGCGACGUGGAGACAAGGGACUGGAUCUUCAGAGAGGCCGAGAUCGACGAGCUGCAAGACAUCCGGCUCGAGCUGCUGCACCAGCUGCAGAAGCAGCAGCGCAGCAAGCAGACAUCACGGACUAUGAGGAAGCUGCAGAAUCUCUGGGUGGAGAAGAAACAGGAGAUGGAGCGACGCGUCGACCAUAUACGGAAGAUGAGAGAUCGAGAGAUCCGCAAACUGACCAUGGCGCACGCAUACGGCCGCGAAGGCCUUGUGGGGCGCCUGCGAGGCGCGCGCGGCGGGGGCUCGGUCACGUACACGGCCGCGGACCCCACGUCGGACCUGCACGCACCCAUGGCGCGCCACGGGUACCAGGCGCGCAGGAAGCAUGCCGUCAUAUACUACGAUCCUUCGUUACUAGCGCUCGAAGACCACGAGAAGCUCUCAAAGCCGCCAGCAUGGCUCGACCAGUGCGGUCAGAACUUAAAGAAGUCCUGCUCGGGACACCAUCUUCCUAGGGAUCCUAUGCAGCUUUGUGAGCGCGAAACUAAGUGGAGCGAAGAGUUUUUGGAGCAGUUACAUAAUGAUCUGAAAAAGGCGCGUCUCGGCGCUGGCGAGAAACAAUCAGCCGGGCCGCUGCGCGUGCUGAAGCCGCGCCGCGUCGGCCGCGCCCCGCGCCCCGCCACCCCGGAGGUGGACGCGGUGCCGGACAGCGACGAGACUUGCCACCAGGCGGCGCUCACGCUGCAGAGGAUCAUUCGAGGACGCGCUGUGCAAUGUUUGAUGUAUGAAGGCCGUACUCGCGCAGCCGAACUGACCGAAGAACUGAAGACCACACACGGUCUACAGAAGGAAGAUAAGAUCCACAUCGCUAAGGAGGAGGCUCGUGCCCGUGACCAUCACGUUGUACAGACGCAGGCGGAUCGAGAGGAAACCGCCAUUGCGACCCUAGUGGAUGAACUAUGCGGCAGCACGGUGUCGGCCGCGCUUGACUUUUUGGAGAAAGAACUGCGAAGACUGAAGGAGGAAAGGAGACAGCAUGCGUUCCUUCUCAUUGCAGUUCGCGAGAAAACAAUGCGAGAAGCGGCCGAGGCCGGAAGAAGGCAGAAGGAGGAGCACCGCCGGCGCGAACACGACGAAAUGUUCAGACAGAUCAUAGGCGUAACCCAGGAGACAGUGGACGCGUACUUGCACGACGUGAUCGCACAGGGGAUAGAGCUGGGUGUAGAGGAGGAGGCGGUGCGUCGCGCUGAACGGAGGGCGGAGGAGAUUGAGAGGGACAUGCAGGAGAAUGAGGCUAUGUCAACAGCAGAACAGAACGAGCUGGUAGCUGAGCUGGUCCAGCAGUUCCUCCUCCCUGAAGCCCACAAAUGCGCGUCCAGACACCGCGUGUCCGCACUGCAGAGUGCUAGGACGGAAUCCGCUAGGAAAACCAUAUUCGGACUCAUAGACGAUGCUGAGAUUAAAGAAGCACUCUGCAUCCGCUGCGGCCAGUAUUUGGACGACGAAUGCCGCUGUCUGUCCUGCAAGAUCACGAUGGAACCGAAGGAGACAGAGCACCGACAAGACCCGCGCUGGAAGUACACCAUAGGUGCUCCCAUCAAGCAUACGAAGACCACAGAGGAUCGUUUCCCGCCUGCGCACGAGACGCGGCGUCUGCUCAACGCCAUCGUGGAUGACGCGGUCCUGGAGUCCCGUCGUCGCUUCGCCGACCAGCAGUUCGUCCGGCGCGAGUUCACCGGGGCCCUGCGGGAGCGGCUGGAAGGCGAGCUCGAGGCUAGGGACCUGCUCGAACACGUGCUGGACCUCGCUACCGGCGUGACCAUGGCGCCCGCCCGCAAGCGGCGCGACUACGGCUACGUCAUGAGACGCAUUCACGAGGACGCCUUGGAGCGCACGGAGCCCCCCACGGCAACCCCGGGCCCGAUGGAGUUGCCUUCGCAGCUCCGCGCGCGCGAGCUCGCCGAGCUGCUGCGCCGCGACCCGCGCUGCUACUGCCACGAGAAGAAGGACAAGGUCAAGUUCACGUUCAGUGACAUAUCGGAGAAAGAGAAACAGAAGAUGCUGCCAUCAGAGCUGAGAGAGCUAGAAGACAUGCUGCGCUGCAAAUGCGACAUACCGACCCCUUCACCCAGUGCCGAGAGCGCACCAGAUGGCGUAGUUGAGGAGGCUUCGGACGUUAGUUCUGAGGUCAACGACACCAAGUUAGACUGAUGGAAGUCAGAAUGUUUAACCAUUUGACUGCUAAAGACGUCAGCUGACGCGCGCUGCAGCCCGAUAUCAACCUUUGUGCGUUCCGAUAAGGUUCACUAUGACGCACCGCAUACGUUAGACUUGGCUUUUUAAUUUUUCUGAUAGUUCCUGGAUUCUUAAAGACCGUAGUAGAUACGAUUUUUUUUAUUGACUGAAGCGUUAGCGAAGGUCUCUAUUUUAACUUAGGCAUUUGUUGUCAUCUACAGCUACAGGUCGCAACAAUAAGUUAUAUUUUCAACAAAUAAACAUUUUCAUUGCGUGACCUCUAAACUGGCUCAUUCCAGAAACUGUCAGUAUUACCCACGUAGUAUAGUUAUGGUUGCCAUAAUUAUUGGGUACUGAUACGGGACAGUGGGGUACGAACGGAAUUACGGGGGCGGGGUGGGGGAUUGCAAAAUGCAAAUACGUCGUAUUCAUAUAGCUUUAACUCACAUAGCUGAGGAAACAAGGUGGUUAAACAGAGAUGAUUGUGACCCGUUUUUGAAGGUAUUCUGUUUAUUCUGCAGCGGUAUUGAUAUACGGGACAAAAACGGGACGGGAAAAACUACGGGACGCGACAAAAAAAAUACAGUGACAAUCCCGUAUAUGCAACCCUAAGUAUAGUGCAUAUACCUGAGCGUUUCUUUAAAAAAAACUGGUACUUCCAUUAAUUUAGUAUUUUUUCAUACAUUUUUUGUUUUUUCUACUUAGAAUCACGAGCUAUUUCGAUCCUAAUGAGAUAAAAAAUGUCCUAGAGUUUCUUUCCUAUUGUGUUACCAUUUCCCUAUAUAUUUUGUAAGACGGUAACAAAAAGGAAAGUUUAACAAAGGUAUGGAAAUUUUGGGAGACUUUUUCUCCUAUAAAGGUGAAAUGGGCUCGCGAUUCUGACUAGAAAUAAACACAAAAAUGGCAAAAAAAUCACAUAAAAUAAAAAAGUAGCAAAAAAAAGAAACGCUCACCUAGUUAGUUAAUUGAUUAUUUAUUUUUACCGUAUUAUGGUCAAUAUCCAUUGUUAUGCAUACUUACAAAAAUUACGAAAUGAAAUUAAUGAGUCUAUAAAGAUAUACCAUACUAAAGCCUU